AUGCUACUCCGUUAUGCCUUUUCCCAGCUUCGGUCUACUCAGAUUGCUACAGUUCAUUGCAGUGCACAGACUACAUCUCGGCAUCUUCUGCAGAAAUUAAGUCAGACAUGCUUAGUAAUUAGCACCAAUACCGGACGAGUAUAUAGGCCAAAGGAUUGUGAAAGGCUGGUUUUAUACCUAAAAGAUAUAAAUUUGCCUAAGCCUGAUAAAUGGGGAACAAGCACACUUGUGGCGUUCCUACAGCAGGUGCUUACAUAUCAAGGAUUUUAUGAUGAAAAUCUUGAAUGGGUUGGGUUGGAAAACAUCCAAAUUGUGGCAUCCAUGUCUGCUGGAGGAACAGUAGGAAGGCAUAAGCUUACUUCCAGGUUUACUUCUAUAGUCCGUCUUUGUGCAAUUGAUUAUCCAGAAAGAGAUCAGCUACAGACAAUUUACGGUGCAUACUUAGAACCAGUUUUACACAAGAAUCUAAAAAAUCAUCCUGCUUGGGGAUCCUUAGCAAAGAUAUACCAGCUAGCAGGAUCUAUGGUUCAAGUAUAUGAGCAGGUUCGAGCCAAAUUCACAGUUGAUGACUACAGCCACUACCUUUUUACACCCUGUAUUCUUACUCAGUGGGUUCUAGGUUUAUUCAGAUAUGAUUUAACAGGAGGGGGGUUAACACACUCGGUAGAUACCGUCUUGGAAAUUGUUGCGUAUGAAGCAAAACGGCUUUUCCGUGACAAAAUUGUUGGUGCUAAAGAAGUUCAUCUAUUUGAUAAUAUUUUAAUGAAAGUCUUUCAAGGAGAUUGGGGAUCUGAUAUUUUGGACAACAUGGCAGAUAGCUUUUAUGUGACAUGGGGAGCUCACUAUGAACUAGGAACCCUUAUGGCUCCAGGACAGACCCUGCCACCUCACGGGAGGCCACUUGGCAAACUUAACUCAACAGAUUUAAAAGAUAUUAUCAGGAAGGGUAUUAUUCAUUAUGGACGCGAUAACCAUGAAAUAGAGAUUUUACUUUUCACAGAAGUUCUUGAUUAUGUGUCUAGAAUUGAUAGAGUAUUGAGUUUUCCUGGAGGGUCACUUCUAUUAGCAGGCCGAAGUGGAGUGGGUCGUCGAACCAUUACAUCUCUAGUUAGUCACAUGCAUGGAGCCAUUCUGAUUACACCCAAGAUUUCCAGAGGCUAUGAAAUGAAACAAUUUAAAAAUGAUUUGAAACAUGUCAUGCAGCUUGCAGGAAUUGAAGCUCAGCAUGUUGUACUCUUAUUGGAAGAUUAUCAAUUUGUCCAGCCCACUUUUCUUGAGAUGAUCAACAGCUUAUUAUCAUCAGGUGAGGUGUCUGGAUUGUACACAAUAGAAGAAUUAGAGCCACUCCUAUCCCCUUUGAAAGAUCAAGCAUCACAGGAUGGAUUUACAGGACCAGUUUUCAACUAUUUUACUUACAGAAUUCAGCAGAAUCUUCAUGUUGUAUUGAUUAUGGAUUCUACUAAUUUGAAUUUCACAAUAAAUUGUGAAAGUAACCCUGCACUUCAUAAGAAGUGUCAGGUGCUCUGGAUGGAAGGCUGGUCUGAAAGCAGUAUGAAAAAGAUACCUGAGAUGUUAUUUGCCAAAGCGGAUGAAAAGGAAAAAGCAGCUAAAACAUCAAAAGAAUGCAAAAAAAGGAACUCUGGUGACUCUGAAUUUAUGAAGUCUUUUUUGACAAUUCAUGACUCAUGUAAACCUUAUGGAGCAACACCCAGAAGAUACAUGACUUUCCUGCAUACAUAUCUUGCCAUCCAUAACAGUAAAAGGACAGAGUUGAUAAAAAGGCAAAGUCAUUUGCAGGCUGGAGUAGCUAAAUUAAAUGAAGCCAAAGCGCUUGUUGAUGAAUUAAACAGGAAAGCUGAAGAACAAAGCAUAUUACUCAAAACAAAGCAAGAUGAAGCCGAUGCUGCUCUCCAAGAAAUCACUGUUUCUAUGCAGGAUGCAAGUGAGCAAAAAUCAGAAAUGGAAAAAAUAAAACAGAAAAUAGCACAAGAAGUAGUAAAAAUUGAAGAAAGAAAAAAAAUAAUUGAGGAUGAAUUGAAAGAGGUUCAGCCACUGGUUAAUGAAGCUAAAUUAGCAGUUGGAAAUAUCAAACCGGAAUCUCUGUCUGAAAUCCGCUCCUUACGUAUGCCACCUGAUAUCAUUAGAGACAUACUAGAAGGUGUCUUACGGUUGAUGGGUAUCUUUGAUACAUCGUGGGUGAGCAUGAAGAGUUUCCUUGCCAAAAGAGGUGUGAGAGAAGACAUCGCAACUUUUGAUGCUAGAAAUAUUCCAAAGGAAAUUCGUGAGAGUGUAGAAGAACUUCUAGCUAAAAAUAAGGCAUCCUUUGAGCCAAAGAAUGCUAAAAGGGCCAGUACUGCAGCUGCACCCUUAGCAGCAUGGGUUAAGGCCAACGUUCAAUACUCCUAUGUCCUAGAACGAAUUCAGCCUCUGGAAACUGAACAAGCUGGCCUAGAAGCUAAUCUCAGAAAAACAGAAGACAGAAAACAGAAGUUAGAAGAUUUGGUUAAUUCUGUUGGUCAGAAAGUGGCAGAAUUAAAAGAUAAGUUCCAGGCCAGAACAAGUGAAGCUGCUAAACUGGAAACAGAAGUCGUGAAAGCUCAAGAGACAGUGAAAGCUGCAGAGAUACUGAUUAAACAGCUUGAUAGGGAGCAUAAAAGAUGGAAUGCACAGGUUUCAGAAAUAGCAGAUGAAUUAAGUACACUGCCAAGGAGAGCUCAACUGUCUGCAGCAUUUAUUACUUACCUCUCAGCUGCACCUGAAGACCAGAGAAAAGCAAGCUUGGAUUCAUGGACGAAAUCUGCUGGUCUAGAAAAAUUUGAUCUUAGGCGGUUCCUAUGCACAGAGAGUAAGCAGUUGAUUUGGAAAACUGAAGGUUUGCCCUCUGAUGAUCUGUCAAUAGAAAAUGCUCUUGUGAUACUUCAGAGUAAAGUUUGCCCGUUUUUGAUAGACCCUUCUUCUAGAGCUACAGAAUGGCUAAAAACACAUUUGAAAGAAUCACGCUUGGAAAUUAUCAACCAGCAGGAUACAAACUUUAUUAAUGCCCUUGAAUUGGCUGUGCGAUUUGGAAAAACUCUUAUUAUACAGGAAAUGGAUGGGGUUGAGCCUGUGCUUUAUCCACUGCUUAGAAAGGACCUUGUUGCACAAGGACCCCGAUAUGUUGUACAGAUAGGUGACAAAAUAAUAGACUAUAAUGAGGAAUUCUGCCUAUUUCUGUCAACAAGAAACCCAAAUCCAUAUAUCCCACCUGAUGCAGCUUCUAUUGUUACAGAGGUUAACUUUACAAUAACCCGCAGUGGCUUAAGAGGGCAGCUUUUAGCUUUGACUAUCCAACAUGAAAAGCCAGAUUUGGAAGAACAAAAGACAAAAUUAUUACAGCAAGAAGAAGAAAAGAAAAUACAGCUGGCAAAACUUGAAGAAUCCCUUUUGGAGACUCUUGCAACUUGUAAGGGAAAUAUACUUGAAAAUAAGGAUCUGAUUGAAUCUUUAAAUCAAACUAAAGCAAGUAGUGCCCUCAUCCAAGAAUCACUUGUUGAGUUUCAUAGACUUCAGAUUUCCCUUGAUCAGGAAAGGGAUGCAUAUCUCACUCUGGCUGAAAGUGGCAGCAAGAUGUACUUUAUUAUUUCUGACUUGUCCAAAAUUAAUAACAUGUAUCGUUUUAGUUUGGCAUCUUUCCUAAGACUUUUUCAAAGGGCUCUACAUAGUGAACUGGAUUUGGGAAAUACUGAGGAAAGAAUAAAAUCUCUUAUCGGCUCAUUGAAACACUUGGUAUAUGAAUAUGUCUGUCGUUGUUUGUUUAAGGCUGAUCAGCUAAUGUUUGCAUUACAUUUUGUGAAAGGAAUGCAUCCUGAACUUUUUCAAAACAAUGAGUGGGACACAUUUACUGGUGUGAUCAUUGGAGAUAUGUUAAGAAAAUCAGAUUCCCCCAAAAACAUCAGAGACCAGAUUCCCCCUUGGAUAGAACAGGAAAGAAGCUGGGCAGUGGCAACUCUUAAGAUCUCUCUCCCAGCUUUGUAUCAAAUGGUUUGCUUUCAAGAUGCACCAUUGUGGCAGCCUUUCUCACGGAGUUCAGUGUGUGAACAAGAUUUUCCAUCUAUUAUUGGAAAUAGAAUCUCUCUAUUUCAGCAGGUCCUUGUGGUCCAGGCUGUCAGACCAGAUAGGCUACAGAGUGCAAUGGCCCUUUUUGCUUGUAAAGCUUUGGGGAUUAAAGAGCUGUCUCCACCACCACUCAAUCUGAAACGCCUGUACAAAGAAACAUUAGAAAUUGAACCAAUCUUAAUUAUUAUUUCCCCUGGUGCUGACCCUUCUCAGGAAUUACAGGAACUUGCAAGCAUUGAAAGAAAUGGAGAAUGCUACCACCAGGUGGCUAUGGGCCAGGGUCAAGCUGAUCUAGCUAUUCAGAUGGUAAAAGAUUGUGCCCGGAAUGGAGAAUGGCUGUGCUUGAAGAAUUUGCACCUUGUUGUAUCAUGGCUUCCCAUACUGGAAAAGGAACUGAAUAACCUACAGCCCCAGCCUGGGUUUCGUCUUUGGCUGACAGCUGAAGUCCAUCCCAGUUUUUCUCCCAUUUUACUCCAAUCAAGUCUGAAGAUAACAUAUGAAGCACCUCCAGGCCUCAAAAAGAACCUAAUGCGAACAUAUGAAUCUUGGACGCCAGAACAAAUUAGUAAAAAGGGCAAUUUAGCUCGAGCUCAUGCUCUUUUUAGCCUGGCUUGGUUUCAUGCGGCUUGUCAAGAACGAAGGAAUUAUAUCCCUCAGGGCUGGACCAAAUUUUAUGAAUUUUCUUUAUCUGAUCUUCGUGCAGGAUAUGAUAUUAUUGACAGACUCUUUGAUGGUGCCAAAGAUUUUCAAUGGGAAUUUGUGCAUGGCUUAUUGGAAAAUGCUAUUUAUGGAGGUCAUAUAGAUAAUUACUUUGAUAUGAGGGUCCUGCGAUCUUACCUAGAACAGUUUUUUAAUUCCAGAGUCAUUGCUGACUCAAAUUUCCGGGGCAAGAAGAUGAGCAGAUUUCCAUAUUCCAUUUCUCUACCUAGCUCCUGUAAUAUAUUGGAUUACCGCCAUGUUAUUGAAAGUCUUCCAGAAGAUGAUAAGCCUGAUUUUUUUGGCUUGCCUGCCAAUAUUGCACGUUCAUCUCAACGAAUGAUCAGUUCUUUGGUAAUUUCACAACUUCGGAUCUUGAGUAGGUCUGUAACUGCUGGCUGCAAAUUUGACAGAGAAAUCUGGUCAAAUGAGCUUUCUCCAGUCCUCAAUCUGUGGAAAAAGCUUAAUCAGAAUUCCAAUCUGAUUCAUCAGAAAGUGUCUCCUCCUUCUGAACGGCAAGGAUCUCCAAUCCUUUCAUUCAUUAUCUUAGAACAAUUUAAUGCCAUUCGCUUAGUUCAGAGUAUUCAUCAGUCUCUUGCUGCUCUCAGUAAAGUAAUUCGAGGAACCUCACUUUUGAGCUCAGAAGUUCAAAAAUUAGCCAGUGCUUUAUUAAACCAGAAGUGCCCUUUAACAUGGCAGAGCAAAUGGGAAGGUCCAGAAGAUCCUUUACAGUAUCUGAGAGCUGUUGUAGCACGAGCACAUGCUAUUCAGAAUUGGGUGAGUAAAGCAGAAAAGCAGACCUUACUUUCAGAUACUCUUGACCUCUCAGAACUCUUCCGUCCAGAUACAUUUUUGAAUGCCUUAAGGCAAGAGACUGCAAGAGUUAUGAGCUGUUCUGUGGAUAGUCUAAAAUUUACAGCAUCCUGGAAAGGUCAGAUAAGAGAAGCAAAACUCCAAGUUCAGAUCAGUGGCCUUCAACUAGAAGGCUGUAGUUUUGAUGGAAAUCGACUUUCUGAAAAUCGACAUGACUCACCUAGUGUUUCUACUGUUCUUGCUUGUUAUAUGGCCUGGAUUCCUCAGAAUACUUAUGGGCCCUAUUCCCCUGAAGAGUGCAUCUCUUUGCCUGUUUAUACCAGUGCUGAAAGGGAUUGUGUGGUAACCAAUAUCGAUGUCCCAUGUGGAGGGAAUCAAGAUCAAUGGAUCCAAUGUGGAGCUGCUUUAUUUCUGAAAAACCAGUAAAAAGAAGCUACUGCUAGCCAUCAGGUUUGAUUACUGCUGCCUAAAAAGAGGUCAUGUUUUCAAUGAUAAUUUAAAACUAAAAUGUGAGAAAUCUUAGACUUUAUAAGGAACAGUACUUAGUACACUGUAGAUUUACAGCAGAAUUACAAGAUUAACAUUUGUUUUAUUUUCAAUAGACAAGCUAAGAAAACUAGCUGAAAAUUUACAUAGUUACCUGUUGUUUUUUUCAGUAGAGCUUGAAUUUUUCAGUGAAUUAUUCCCACCAUGUGCAAUCCAUUGAAUUGCUGUAUUGUGCAAUCUUCACUCAUUUUGUGUGUGCAUUCACUAUUAAAAUGAAUAGACAUUGCACAGCCCUAGUAGAGUAGAUUCCUCCCAUCAACUUCGCUAAUUUAUUCUGUCCUUUAUGUAUGUAAUGUAAACAUUAUUCAGACACCUGUAUAAAAUCUGAAAAUUGUAGCACUUUGUAUUUCUAGGUACAUGUUUUUAUAAUCUUUAUUUCAGCUGUUAGUGUCUAGUAUUUUUUCAUUUUGUUGUUUUUUGAUGACCUCUUCAUUUUUUUCCCCUAACUUCCAGAUUUUCAUUCUGCUUCAGGUUAUACUUUUAAAUGGCAUAAUAAUUUUUAGAAUUGGAAAGAGAAGU